AAAAAAAAAAAAAAACAAAAGAGAAUGCAACAGACGGCGAGGGAAGCGGAGGCCCGGGCGAUCGGAGAGAAGAAGGUGAAAGAUCUGAUGAAGGCCAACAAGCGGUUGGUGGAGGUGCCGUAUUCAGCCUCUCUCGCUCACACAAUGAACGUUCUCGUCGCUAACCGCGUUGUGGCGGUCCCCGUGGCGGCGCCGCCUGGCCAAUGGAUCGGUGCCGGUGGAUCCAUGAUCAUGGAGACUGAUAAGCAGACUGGGGUUCUUAGAAAGCACUAUAUUGGGAUGGUGACCAUGCUUGAUAUCUUGGCUCAUAUUGCUGGCGAGGAGGAUGGUCCUGGUCUCGUCGAUCUCGAACGGAAGAUGGCGGUUCCAGUGUCGUCGAUUAUUGGUAAUAACGUUGAAGGGUUGAGUCUCUGGACUUUGAGUCCCAACACCAGCAUAUUAGAGUGUAUGGAGUUAUUCAGCAUGGGGAUCCACCGGGCGAUGGUGCCCAUCGAUGGGGAGGCGGCUGGGGUGGAGCUGGUCAAGUCGGCCUCCAGCUACAGAAUGCUGACACAAAUGGACGUGUUGAGGUUUCUAAGUGAACAAAUCCCAGAAAUGCAACAGACUUUGGGACAAAGUGUGAAGGAAAUGGGAGCCAUUAAUGAAAAUGUUAUGGCCAUUACAGAUAAAACCAAAGUAAUCGAAGCCAUAAAGUGCAUGAAAUCUAGUUUUCUCAAUGCUGUUCCUAUUGUUAGAAGCACACAGCUCGGCGGCGACCACACCCACACCCAGCUUUUUACUGGAAGAGGAAGAAAGCUAGGUGGGACGUUUUCGGCGACGGAUCUGAGAGGGUGUCACCUCGCGACGCUGCAGACGUGGCUGCAGCAAACGGCAUUGGAGUUCACGGAGACGAUCGGGAAAAGCGCGCUGCUGGAGGGGACGGCAGUGGGAGGGAGAGAACUGGUGACGUGCGGAGAGGAAAGCUCGAUGAAGGAAGUGAUGGAGAAGGUAGUGUCGAAACAUGUGCAUAGAAUUUGGGUGACUGAUGAACAUGGUUUGCUGCUUGGGCUCAUCUCUUUGUCGGACAUGAUUAGAGCUAUUAGGCUUUCACUUCUGUCUCAAAUACAAACCUGACCUGAUAGCCCUCCCUAUCUCUAUAUAUUUAUGUUUGUAUGUUUUGUUUAUAUUUGUGUUUGAUUAUGAGUGGGAGUUUGUUGAG